GUAUCUCCGACGACUGCUACUGGUGCAUGGAACAUGGAACUACUACAGACUCAGUCCAUGGUCGAGGGUCUCCUCUACUCCCUUUACAACCUCACUCUCACCUCCUGGGGGCCUCUUUGCUUCGCGCUUUUCGAGCAGCAUAUUUUGGAGAAGGAUCUUCUGCACCGACCUUACCUGUAUCGGCUGGUAA